CUCCAUUCUGUCACCUUCCAGUACCAAUAAAUCUCUCUCUCUCUCUCUCUCUCUCUCUGCAGCACAACCCACCAUACAAACCAAACAAAUAUUCAUCAAUCAUAGCCCCCCAAUCUUGCUCUGCUUAUGCUAAUGGCCACCACCACAACCACAGCUCAGUAAAAAUUACAAUGAAAAACAAUGGAGUCAGACAGACCCCAUCGCACAAAAAGCAACAGCAGCAUUAGUGGCACUACAUCCACAACUACAAGCGAGCUCUUCAUUUGCUUCACUACUUCUCGCCUCUCUUCUUCAUCCAUGAAGCUCUCCUCCAAGUCCAUUCUCAGCCCAGGCCGAGCCAGAGAGCCUUCCCAAAUCUCCCUCUCCUCUUCUCUCAGCCGCAGGCUUAGAACCAGUGGAAGCAUCAAGGGUGGCCAAGCCUCCCCAAUGUUCCCUAGCAAUGGUGGCACCAGUAAAAAACGUGGGUGCGCUUUUGAAAACCCAGAACCCUCUUCCCCUAAGGUCACAUGUAUUGGUCAGGUCAGGGUCAAGACCAAGAAACAGGGCAAGAAAAUGAGGAUAAUUAGUAGAUCCAAGCGUAGCAGGGGAAGUGAGGCUAGUUUCAGAAAACCAGAGCAAAAUCAGCAGAGCACCAACAACACAGCUAGUCAAAGUCAAGAGCUUUACAAUCGAGACAACAGCAGCAACAACAACUUCCAAGGUUUGCACUUUCAAAAUCACCAGAUCAAUAAUAAUAAUAAUCAACAGGAAUGCUUGAGGCACAGGAACCAGAGGUGGGUUCAUCUUCCUUUGACGAUUUGUGAAGCUUUGAGGGCUUUUGGGUCCGAGUUUAACUGCUUGAUUCCGAACCGGUCUUCUUGUUUGGCUAGUGAUGAUAAUAAUAACAAGGAGAAAGAAGAAAAUAAGGGAGUGAGAUCAGAGAGUGGAGGGUCAUCUUGUGGUGCAGUCUUUGCGAGGUGGUUUGUUGCUUUGCAAGAUGGGGAUGGGGAUGGGAAAGGGAGAGAGAUUGAGUUGGUGGUGGGUGAAGAUCAAGAAAGAACAGAGAGAAGUACUAAUAGUAGCAGUGGCCAUAGCCAGAGGAGGCAAGUGUUUGAAGGUAUUGAGUUCAAGGAAGAGAGAUUGAAUGAGAGUGUAAUGGAGGAAGAAGAAGCAGGGAGAGUGAGUAUUUGUGUUCCUCCAAAGAAUGCUCUUUUGCUCAUGAGGUGUAGAUCUGAUCCAGUGAAAAUGGCAGCUCUUGCUAAUCGAUUUUGGGAGAUGCCUGCUGCUCCUCAAGAUGAAGAGGUUGAAGAUGAAGAGGAGAAAGAGGACAAGGGUCUUACAGAAAAAGCACAAGACUUUGUAGAAGAACAAGGUACUGAUGAAGUACUUGAGAAGGUGCAAAAUGGGUUGGAGACAGAGGUUGCUGAAGGGGAUGGUGUGUGUGAGAAAUGGGUUUGCGAUGGUGAAGAACAUGGAGACUUGGAAGAGGUAGAAAAAUUGGUUUUAGAAGAGGAGGAGGAUGAGAAAGAAGGUUUGGAUGCGAACCCAGAAAAAAGGCAGCAACUUUAUGGUGAAGUAGAAGAGAUUGAAGAGAAGGCUGAAUGCCAACAAGAAGCAGAGUUAGAGGAAGAAGAGGAACAAGAAUUGGAUGUAACCCAGCAAGCAUUGUCAGAACAAGAGCACGAGCAACAAGAAGAAAAAGAAGAGGAAGCGAGAGAAGUAAAGCUUCCAAUACCUUCCAAUGAGUGUGUAAAGUCAGAAGAACUAGAAGAAGAGGAAGAAGAAGAAAAAACAGAGGCUGAAGUUGCAGACGAAUCAACAGAGGAAGAAACAGAGACAGUAACCCAAGAGAGGCCCGAACCCGUAUCCGAAAACCCGAAAAACCAAUUGGAUUCCGGGUCGAAGCGGGCGGUUCAGAACCCGGUCUUACCGGACUGCCUACUGUUAAUGAUGUGCGAGCCUAAAUUGUCCAUGGAGGUGUCCAAGGAGACUUGGGUCUGCACCACGGACUUCAUCCGAUGCCUGCCGGAGCGACACGUCAAGAAAGUCGACGCUCCAGAUGAGGCCAAGAAGCGGGUCAGCAUCGACUCGAAUCCUGCUGCGGCUCCGGCGGCGCAGCCGGUCAUUCAGCCGCCGAGGGCGGCUUGGUCGCCAGUUCAGGCAGGUCCGGUUUCGAUGGCCACGAUGAUAGGGCAGAAGCUGGUGGGGUCCACUGGUUACGAGCCGUUUGUGCUUACGCGCUGCAAGUCCGAGCCGAUGAGGUCGGCGGGUAAACUCGCGGCGGCGGAUACGUGUUUUUGGAAGAAUAGGAAGAUGGAGCCGCAUAGGCGGGCGGCGAUGGGAGUCGGCGCGGCGGGGGUCGGGGUCUGACUGAGCCGAGAAUGCAAGUGGAUGCAUCGAACGGUCAGAAAUUGCAGGACAGGUUUUUGCCCCUUAGAUUGGGUUCUGUAACAAAAUGAUGGGUUCCUCUAUUUUCUACUUUUUUCUCCUACGCUCUGAAUAAAUGGUGAUGCUGUAAAAGUUGGUAUUGGUAUGGGUAUGUGCAGAGCAGCAAGCACUUGUGUGGUGGGUAGACUGUAAAAAGAGCUGCUUUGCUCUCCUUUAUAGGGUAAAUGAUGGCAGUUAAAGAUUGCUUUUUUCUGGUGCGCACAUGUAAGAAGGUGGUGAAACACAUGGGCUAUGGAGUAUUUAGGUUUUAGAGCAGAGUGCAGGGCAGAGUGUGGUUGCAUAUUGGGUAGCAGAAGCAAAGGCACUCUUGAGAGCCUGAGCCAAAAUCAGAAACUUUGGUUGGGGAGUGGAGCUCCAGCUUGCUUUGUGCUCAGAUAAAUAUUGUUUUUAUUAGUUUAUUUAUUUGUUAGGAAUAUUAUUUAGGGGAGGGAGAGGGGGAAGUUUUGCAUAUCACAAAGAUAUUACUGUUUUGUUAUCCCCUACUAAUUACAUUCCGUCAUGUGAAGCAUUUAUACCGAUCACAUUUUGUCAUG